AAAACCAAACUGACCGUAACACCUGAACAAACAGAAACGCUGACCUUGUAGUGCUUUUGAAAACAUGGAGACCUUGAUUAUAUUUAGGUAGCGGCAGGGGAAGGCAGGCUGUCUUCGUAUAAAAACACCCCAGAAGCUGUGGUUUUUAUGCAUUUUACGCACUUCUAAAACAAUGAAGAGGCUCCUCCUUCUUCUUCUUGUCUGUCCUUUGGUACAAGGGUUAGAACCCCGCUGGGAAAAUAUUUAUGAUGAACCUCUGAAUUUCAACUGCUCAAACAGACAAUCCAUUUCUAGUAUAUCUAGCAAGCAUGACAAUCACCGUGAGGACCGGUUAUGGGAGUUUCAGUGCAAGGACACCUUUAACUCAAACCCACAGUGUUUCUGGACACCAGAAGUCAAUGAUUUUGAUGAGGAGUUCACCUUCGUAUGUCCCAACAAUUAUGUCAUGACGGGGAUGAGCAGCUAUCAUGACAAUAAACAUGAAGAUAGAAGAUGGCAGUUUCAGUGCUGCCAAAUUUAUAACUACUGUAACAGUAACUGUCAGUGGACACCUUACGUGAACAAUUACGAUGAGGAAUUCACUUGGCUUGUUCCAAGUAUGAAUUUCCUUGUUGGAGCUGAAAGCAUCCACCACAAUAAACACGAAGAUCGUCGCUGGAAGUUCUACUACUGCACACGGAGCAAUUGCUGAUUCCCAAACGUCUGAUAAUCAUCCACGUUUCUGAAAAUUCAUCAAUAAACACAGAAUGCAAAACG